AUGUUUGGCAAAGAAUCAAUCACACUUUUGACCGAAAAAUCUAACUUGUAUUCAGUUCAAACCAAUCCAAAUAAACCAGCACGUAUUUCUGAAGUUGAAAUGGCACAAUUUAUUGGUAUUUUGAUAAUGAGUGGAGUAUACUGUUUUCCGGAUCAACGAUAUUUUUGGAUGAAUACUACUCGAGUAGAAUCUAUAUCAUCAACUAUGAGUCGAGAUCGUUUUUUAGACAUCAGAAAAUUUUUAAAUGUUGCUGAUAAUUCAAAUCAACUCGAUCGUAUUGAUCCAAAUUAUGAUCGAGCUCAUAAAGUUCGACCAUUGUUAAAUAUUGUAAAAAAUAGUUUUAGAAAAAUUGAAAAAGAAGAAAAACUAAGUGUUGAUGAACAAAUUAUUCCAUUUAAAGGAACAAGCAUAAUGAAACAACAUAUGCCUAAGAAACCUCAUCGUUGGGGUUAUAAAAUGUUUCUUUUAGCUGGUGGUGAAAGUGGCAUUUGUUAUGAUUUUCUUUUCUAUGUAGGUAGAUCUGAUAUUGACAGACAGGAACAAGGUUUUUGUACAAAAGUUGUUCUUGAAUUAUGUGAAACUGUACCACGUUCUAUCAACCGUAAACUUUUUUUUGAUAACUAUUUUACAACAAUUAAACUUCAAGUUGAGUUGAAAAAAUUAGGUAUUUAUUCUGUAGGUAUGGUAAGAGCUAAUCGCUUACCGGGUUUGAUCAUGAAAGGCGAAAAAGAUUUAUCAAAAGAAGGUAGAGAAUCAAUGGAUCAUCGUGUUGCUGAAGUUGAUGGUGUUGAAUUAUGUGCAGUAAGGUGGUAUGACAAUAAGGCUGUUAAUUGUUUGUCUACAUUGUACGGUUGUCAACUAAUCGACUCAGUUGAACGAUGGUCGUUAAAAGAAAAAAAUCACAUACAAGUUGUACGACCAAAUAUUGUAAAAGCAUAUAACCAGCACAUGGGUCGUGUUGAUUUGAUGGACAUGUUAGUUUCAUUGUAUCGAAUUAAUGGUCGUUCAAAAAAGUACUAUACUAAAAUUAUCUUUCAUCUUAUCGAUCUAACAACUGUAAAUGGUUGGCUAGUGUACUGCCGCCAUUGUUCACAACUUGAUAUUCAAAAAAGAGACAUCAUGUCUUUAUUAUCAUUUCGUAUAAGUGUUGCUGAAUUUAUGCUUAAAUCUGCACCACCUACACCUUCAACAAAACGUGGUCGUCCAUCUUUAGAUUCAACAUCAAAUGAAAAUAAUCAAACAACAACAUCACGAGCUGUACCAAAUUCAAUUCCACCAUCAAGUGUUCGACUCGACAAGUUUGAUCAUUGGCCUAUUCAUACUUCAAAAGGUCGUUGUCGAAAUCUUGGCUGUAUUGGUUAUACAAGAAUUUGUUGUACGAAAUGCCAACUACGUCUAUGCUUGAAUGAAAAAAGUAACUGUUUCAAAGACUAUCAUCAUUGA